AAAGGUCUAUGCGUCUCUAGUCCAAAAACUCUAUAUAUGUCUGGCUCAAAAGCAGAUGCAGCCAUAGCCCCAAUAGUCAUGAUGGAGCAUCAUCAUCUCCUUAUGAAUUGGAACAAACCUAUUGAUCUCAUUACAGAAGAAAACUCUUUUAACCACAAUCCUCAUUUCAUAGUAGAUCCACCUUCCGAAACCCUAAGCCACUUCCAGCCCCCGCCGACAAUCUUCUCCGAUCACGGAGGAGGAGAGGAAGCAGAAGAAGAAGAAGAAGAAGAAGGAGAGGAAGAGAUGGAUCCGAUGAAGAAGAUGCAAUACGCGAUUGCUGCCAUGCAGCCCGUAGACCUCGAUCCAGCCACCGUUCCUAAGCCGAACCGCCGUAACGUAAGGGUAAGCGACGACCCUCAGACGGUGGUGGCUCGUCGGCGUAGAGAAAGGAUAAGCGAGAAGAUCCGGAUAUUGAAGAGGAUGGUGCCAGGCGGUGCAAAGAUGGACACUGCCUCCAUGCUCGACGAAGCCAUCCGCUACACCAAGUUCUUGAAACGGCAGGUGAGGCUAGCUUCUUCAGCCUCACACUCAGCUUGGAGCUCCUAUGUCUGACCCUUCUUGCCUUUGUUAUUACCACAACUCGGAUACCUAAUUAUAAUUCUAUCACGCGUUUCAUGUUGAUAUAUAUAGAUAAAUGGUCGAAUAAGGAUUUCGAUCGAAGAUUGUAUGUACAAUAAAUGAUGUGUGUAUUUCAAUUAAUGUAUGAUAUAUAUAUAUAUAUGUAUGCAGUAUGCAUUUA